AUGGCACGCGUCAAGCAGAGUCUCGUCCGGAAGAACCGGUUCCCGACGGCCAACAAGACGCCGCGGAUGGCUGCGCCGGCUGUUGCAGCGGCGGACGGAAAGGCGAGCAAGAAGAGGAGGAAGAGCAAGAAGGGCAAGGGCAAGGGCAAGAGAAGCAAGAAGCACAAGAAGAAGCGGGUGCGGGACGACGUCAGGGCGAGCGGGCGCGAUGGGGCUGCCGUUGCAGCCGACGGACUUCCCACCAUCCGCGUCGACGCCGGUGCGACCAAGAGCUCGAUGGCGGCGCGCAAGGCCGCGCGGCCGGUCCGCAGCGCCAAGACCGCGGCGGGUGUGACCAAGCCGACGAUGAGCAACCGUCCGGCGUCGGUGGCGCUUCGGGAGAUCCGCAAGUACCAACGGUCAACGGAUCUGCUCAUCCGGCGGUUGCCUUUUGAACGGCUUGUCCGCGAGCUUGCGCAAGAGCUGAUGCCGGAUCUGCGGUUCAAGCCGCAGGCGCUGGCCACGCUGCAGGAGGCGAGCGAGGAGUACCUGGUCUCGCUGAUGCAGGAUACGAACCUCUGCGCCAAUCAUGGCAAGCGGGUGACAAUCCAGCCCAAGGACAUGCAUCUUGCGAUGCGGCUGAGCCGGCGGUAG